AACUCCUAAUCUUAAUGUCCUCCAAUUUCUUUUUCUUUUUCGAGGAAAAGAGAAAAUAAAAAAUAAAAAAAAACAACAGCAACAAUUUACCUAUUGUCUACUGAGAUCCUUUUCUGAAAAUCCAAUCUUGUAGAAAAUUUUGGGGCAAAAUUCGAAAAACUGAAAAUUAAACUCCAGUGAUGAAACUCUGCGCUUCAAUUCUAUAGAGACAAUACGUAUCUCUCUCGCAUACGGUAACCCUCGCUCUGCCCACGUUCCUCAUUUCAUAAUACCUGAGGGAACGUAGAGUGAGGGAAAAGGGUAGAUGGAGUGCAACAGAGACGAGGCUGUGAGAGCGAAAGAAGUUGCUGAGAGGAAGUUUCUGGCAAGGGACAUGAAGGGGGCGAAGAAGUUCGCUCUCAAGGCUCAGAAUUUGUAUCCUGAACUAGAAGGCAUUUCUCAAAUGGUGAUGACGCUUGAGAUCUAUAUUUCCGCUGAAGAGGAGAAACUAAAUGGAGAAUCGAAUUGGUAUGGUGUGCUUGGUUUGACCCCUUUAGCCGAUGAUGAGUCAAUAAGAAAACAGUAUCGGAAACUAGCUCUUCUGCUUCAUCCUGAUAAAAACAGGUCUAUCGGGGCUGAAGGGGCGUUUCAAUUUAUCUCCCAAGCAUGGAAUUUAUUGUCAGAUAAGUCCAUGAAAACAGCAUAUGAUCAGAGGUGUGGUAGGCUACUUCAGCAGAGAAAUCAAGGUAAGAAUGAUGGUCCUUCACCACCGGGGACACAAAAUGGAUUCUACAACUUUGCAAACACUGCUCAAAAGGGUAAUAACAGUAAGAGGAAUCCUUCAGCUGUUCCUCAUCCACCUCGCAAGAAGGAACGUCAUACGUUUUGGACUGUCUGCCAUCGUUGUAAAAUGCAAUAUGAAUAUCUUAGGAUGUAUCUCAAUCACAACCUUCUCUGCCCCAAUUGCCAUGAGGCCUACUUUGCAGUUGAAAUUGAUCCUCCAUCUACUAAGAGUUCUAAGAUAUCUCAGACAAGCAAUUCUCAGCGACGGAAGAGCCAGCAGGCAUCUGAUACUUGUAGAAACAACUCAGGCACUCAUCACACAACAGGCAAUAAUGGAUCCAAGCCGAAUAAUUUCCAGUGGGUUCCCUUCUCUGAGCCCAGUGGUGCUCAAACUGCUGCGCAAGCAGCUAAUAUGGUUCAGCAGGCGUAUGAGAAAGUCAAACGGGAAAGGCAGAAAGCACAAGCUGCUGCAAGAAGAGAGGAGGCAUUGCGACGGAAAAAUAUUGCGUCCAAAAGAGCAAUAGGUGGGGAAUCCUUCAGGAACUCCGAAGCUUCCAAGAGAAGAAAAGGGGCUGAAGAUUGUGGUGUGAACAAAGACAAACUGAAACAGGCGAACUGCGAAAGUGGCACGAUUCACCAAGUAGAUAUUUCUGGCAGUAAGCAGGAUAUUUUUCAGAAACUUGAAAGCAGUCGUAAUGUUGUACGCCGUGUUGACAUCAAACAUAUAGUGAUGGAGAAGGCUCGUGAUGAAAUACAAAGAAAACUCGAGAAAUGCACCUCAGCUCCUGUGGUGAGGAAUGUAACCAGUGAGGAUAACCUUAUAAAUAAGAGUGAAAACGAAACUUCAACCAAAAUUGAUACUCAUGUUACUCAUGGCUUCAUGAGCACUCAGAACAAACCCUGUGAGUCAUUGGAGGCUGAGAAGCAACUCCCUCUGAAUAGACUGGGUUCCAGGUCUUCAGACUCUUAUCUGGAUGAGAAACAGGUUGAGAAAAUGUGUAUCGAUGUCCUGGAACCUGACUUUCAUGAUUUUGAUAAGAGUAGAACAGAGAACUGUUUGGGUGCCAACCAAGUGUGGGCUGUGUAUGAUGAUGAUGAUGGGAUGCCCCGGCACUAUGCCAUGAUUCAGAAUGUGAUAUCUCUAAAUCCCUUCAAGGUGAGCAUGAGCUGGCUCAGUUCCACAACCCAUAGCAGACUAGGGAAAGGAAGCUGGUUUGUAAGUGGCUUUUUGAGAACAUACGGGGAGUUUGGAGUUGGCAGACAUGAAAUUUGCGACUCAAUAGACUGUUUCUCACACAAGGUCAGAUGGACAAAAUACUCUUCUAAGACCAUUCUAAUAUUUCCUCGAAAAGGGGAUGUUUGGGCUUUGUACAGGAAUUGGUCCCCUGAGUGGAAUGAGCUCACCGAACACAAAUUAAUGCUCAAAUACGACAUGGUUGAAGUACUUGAAGACUGUGAUGAGGAGCUGGGCGCAAUAGUCAUUCCCUUGGUUAAAGUUGCUGGCUUUAAAGCUGUUUUCCAUCAGCAUUUUGACCCAAGGGAAAUACGAAGGAUCCCUAAGGAAGAACUUUCUCGUUUUUCUCACCAGGUGCCUUCCCAUUUGCUUACUGGCCAAGAAGGAUCGAAGUCGCCUAAGGGCUGUCUUGAGUUGGAUCCAGCAGCCAUUCCUUCUCAAUUUCUUCAACUUAUGUCAGACAUUGAAACAAUUGAGCUAGUGGAGAGUGAUGAGGAGAUAGAGACCGUGAAGGCAGUUGACUGUGAUGGUGUUACCGGCACCAAUGUGGUAGAAGGAGUUUCAUGAGAUGAGAGAAAUGGAAUGUCCUUAGUUUUAAGUCGAGUGUUGGAAAUGGGCCAAGCGAAAGCUAGAAUUGUUCUAGCUGAUUGUUUGAUUCGUGUUGGUUAUAUAUUCGCUGCAGGGCAAUUGAAAUAGCGAAUGAGCCAAGGUAUAGAGACGCGUUAGGAUGCUAAAACACAUCAAGAGAUAUGAAAAGUUGCAGAUUGGUGGUGGUGUUCUUGAAUCCUUAGCUUUCUCACCGGCGUGGAUGAUGUGAAAUUAGCAAAGGGCUCUUGGUCUUUUCUUGCCAUGCCAACACAGUGCUCGAGUUGCACGACUAAUGUCGAUUUGCAUGAAACCGAAUGCCUCCCCCCUUUCGGCGACUCAACAGGUAUUUAGGUGGGAGUUGUAUAUACUUGCUGCCAAUUCAAGUCACAGUAGGUAGUUGCUAGUCUCAGAUUUAUGAACCAGCUCUUUUUUUAUUAAUACUAUAGUCUUAACCUGCCAUACCUCUUUUUCUCUUUUAUUUUGAACAUUUUGUUCAAUAUUUUAUCUUCAACACUGUUGAAAUACUGUGGCUUUGAUCUGCAAAGCAAAACUACUUAAUUGUAUUGACUCGCAAUUUUGAUAAUUGUCAUUUUUAGAUUUGUGCA